UCGCUCUCGGAGCGCGCUCAGUCGCUGCGUGCGCUCCUCGCCCUCAUCUCCACCAGUGGCGAGGCCAUUCUGUCGCAGUGGGAGAAGCUAGACAAGACGUCUGCUCUCCCAUCCAAGUCGCUCUACGCCAGCUCGCAGACGCUGCUGGGGGCCGCCGGCAUGCUGUCGGAAGUGGUCCAAGACCCGGGCAUGCGCUGCCUGCAGAUGUGCGGCUCCUUUUUCGAGGCCCGCGCGCUGCACAUUGCGGUGCGUGCCGGCGUUCCUCAACGGAUUGCCGCCUCGCCAAAGGGGGCCCUGACAUCGGUGGAGCUGGGCAAGGCCACGGGCAUCGAGCACCGCAAGCUGGCGCGCAUCCUCCGCUGCUUGGCUACCAACCACAUGCUGGCCGAGGUGGGCCGCGACACGUUUGCCAACAACCGCAUCUCGGCCCACCUCGUCGACAAUGCCGGUCUUUGUGCCUACAUCCACCACUAUGGCGAGGAGCCCUACCACGCGGCGGGUGCAUUGAUGACGAAGCUCGACACACCAGCAGGUGCGUCGUACGACAUCCUCGACGCUCCCUUUUCCGACGUCUACGGCCGCAAGCCUCGCUGGGAGUGGCUCGAGGAGCCCGACGAGAAGACGGGCAAGCCGCGCGAGCAGCUGGCGCGCUUUGGCCUGGCCAUGCUGGGCGCAGGCGACGUCGAGGUGCCCGGUGUGCUGGCCGACUACGACUGGGCUGGCCUCGGCCAGGGCGCCACCGUCGUCGAUGUGGGCGGCGGCGUGGGCCAGAUGUGUAUUGCCCUUGGCCGUGCCUUUUCCAACCUGCGCUUCGUCGUGCAGGACCGCCCGCCCGUCAUUGAACAGGGUCGCAAGAUCUGGGCGGAGCGCGCCGCCGAUCUCGUCGACCGCUGCGAGCUGCAGCCCCACGACUUUUUCCAGACGCAGCCCGUCCAGGGCGCCCACGUCUACCUGCUGCGCCACGUGGUGCACGACUGGGCCGACCGCGAGAGCAUCGCGAUCCUGCGCGCCCUCAAGCCCGCCCUGGCACCCCACUCGCGCAUCUUGCUGGCCGAACAGAUCAUGGUGUGUGCCUCGGGCGACGACCGCAUCGCCCGGCCUGCUGCCCCGCUGCCGGCCAACUACGGCGACGCCGCGCGCUUCAGCCACCAGCGCGACAUCAACAUGAUGGGCCUCAUCAACGGCAUCGAGCGAUCGCCUGCGGAGUUUGAUGCCCUUGUCGAGCAGGCCGGCCUGGUCGUCAAGGCUUUCCACCCUUGCCGCUCGCAGAUCGGCCUUGUUGAGGUUGGCCUUCCCUAGACUGAGCUCCUUUUCCUUCGACUAGACUUGCGGAGCUCAUCGCGCCCGGCCCGUCCCUGUGCGA